AUGCAGCAAAUUGGUCAGCAAUAAUAAUCAUUCUAAUGCUCUAUAAUAAGUUAGAAUCCCAUCCCAAAAAGAUAUAGGUGGAAUAUACCUAUGGAGUUAGAUGAAUCAAAUUCAAUGCUAUUACUAUCAGAAGAAUUAAUAAUGAGAGUUUUUUAAUUUAAUAGCCAAAUGAUCCUGAAAUAAAUCUAAGUUAUUAGACAUAACAAAACCACAGUCUUUAAGUUUUUUCAUAAGAAAAGGGAAUAAUUUAGGGAAUAAUUUGUUUCAGGCUCAUAGGAUUCUUCAAUCAUGAUUUGGUCUAAAUAACUAAUCUCAUAAGCUAAAUAUAUCUAAAAAUGUAAAGGGCAUGUCUAAGGUACAAUUAUUAUUCUAUUUAAUAAUUCAAAUACCCUCAUAGUAUCGGCUGGCAACGACUAGUAAAUUAAAUUUUGGACUCUUGGUAAGCUGGGUGGAGUAGGAUAAAUGUCAGGUAAGACUGAUCAAUAAUGGUGUUGUUAAUAGACUCUAGGCGUUAAUAUAAUGAUUAUUGCUUUAUCCUUAAAUGAUUCAGGAAAUAAGUUGAUUUCAUGUAGCUAAAAUAAAGACAUUUUCGUUAUCCAAAAGUCACAAACUACUUAGAUUUGGAUUAUGAUUUAAACAAUUAAAAUCGAAUUUCCAGUUAGGUAACUACAGUUUCUGAACAAUGAUGACUUUAUAUUCCUUCCAUACAAUGGAAAAUAACUUUAUGUAUAUAGGCCUAAUUCUGUUCAUAAUUACACAAAAUAAAUCCAUUUUUCAGUAAAUUUAGGAUCCCAAUGUCAAAAUAUAAAUCCUUUCUAUUCUAAAAUUAAAAAUAGGCUUGUCUUCUAAGAAAACCGUAGUUUAUGUUUUUUUCAAAUUAAAGCAAAUAAAAAGCUCUCAACCAAAAAAAAAGAAAAUUUAGAGAUUGAACAAUUAUAAAAAAUAGACAUUACAAGAGAUUAUUGCAAGGCAAUCUUGAGCCAAGAUGGAUAAUACUUAGUUCUUUUGGGUUCAUUUUCCUCCGAAAUUAUUGUGGUUUAAUUUUUAGAAAAAUGA